UGUACAUGUACUUGGCUACUGCGCAAGCUACGCUUCAUCUCUCUUUCUCUCUCUUUGCACCACCAUGCACCCGCCCGCCCAUCUGUUUGCGCUGUCGCGCCGCGCGCCCAGCUACUUUGCGUGGUAUCGGCCGUCGCACCGCCGCGCGCACGCCGCCGCCUUCCCUACGGACGCCGAGGCCGGCCCAAGCCGCCCCCAGCGGCCCAUGGACGACUACCGCUUCCCCGAGAAGGGGCGGCGCGGCGGCCCGCCCGACCCGUACGAGGUGCUUGGGCUUGAGCGCGGCGCGGGCGCACGUGAGAUCAAGUCGCAGUACUACAAGCUCGCCCUUGUCCUGCACCCCGACAGCUCCCAUCCCUCGGCGUCCGCCGAGCACUUCGCCACGCUCAGCCGCGCAUACAAGCUCCUGUCCGUACAGCAGAGCCGCACGUCGUACCUGCAGACAGGGUACGGGUGGUCUGGCCCGGCGGACGCCGAGGACCCACACGCGUCUGCGGACGCGGCGAUGCGCAGCUGGGCGCGCCAUGCGCGCGCACACGGCGCCGCGAGCUGGGAGGCAGGCGCGCGGGCGCGCGGCUUCCGCGCCUCGGAGGGCGGCGCGGGAUACUACCACACGCAUCCCGGCGAAGACUUCCCUUUCCACGACGCUCCGCCCAAGGGGAACGGCGACGCGAUCUUUAUGAGCAAUGGCGCGUUUGUGGCCUUCAUCGCGGGACUCGCGGGCGUCGGCACGUUCGUCCAGUACUACCGGAUGGGGGCGGCGGUGGACGACGCCAAAGCGUUGUUGGUCGACCGGCAUCUCCACGCUUCCAAGGCCCUGGCGGAGGCGCGCCAUGAGGCAGCACUGUUCGGCAAGGAGCGGCGCGACCAGAUACGCCGGCGCGUGCGCGAGAACAAGGUGCUCAGCGAGAUUGACAAGAUGGAGCGCGGAGAGGUCAGUGCCGCGUCCCACUUGGGCGCCCAGCACAAGCAGAUGGAGGACGUUCAUCUACCGCAGAGGACCGAGCCGCCGAAUUCGGGAUACGCCGCAGCAUAACGUUGCUUCAUCUGCAUCGCAUAGUAUGAAGACGGGUCCUGCUGUGUCGCGCCAUAUACAUCAAAGGCGGUGGUGUCCAUUUGCUUGGCUCUGACACGUCAUCAAUGGCUCACAUGACCGCUUGCUGAACGGGUCAAUGCCGCGCUCACAGCGUUUAUGUGGGCCCACCCGAAGUUACCCACUCUGACCCUAUUCUCUGGACCACCCCUUCCCUCAUGGUUCAAGUCCAUUAAUCUCAUGGCUAAAACUUUGUGCUGCAGUCGUAGAUUUGCAAUUGAUGAUCCAUCAUACUACAUCUG